AUUUAUUUUCGAGAAUUUUUCAACAAUGAUACAAUGAAUUUCGAACUCAAUCCUCUUCAAAAUUUACAUCUAAUUUGAAGGAUAAUUAUUCAAUUUCGCGACUAUUAUCUUUUCCAAAUUGCCUAAUUAUCUAGCCGAACAUCAACGUAACCUUUUUUCAUUUCAAUGUAAUGUUUCCGGUGCCAGAGUAAUCCAAAAAUGGCUUUCAGUUUUCCUGUAUUUUCGUACAUUGUUGCAUUGAUAGUGGACGCAUUUCUUAUAUUUUUCGCUAUAUUUCACGUGGUCGCUUUCGAUGAACUAAAAACCGACUACAAGAACCCUAUAGAUCAGUGUAACAGCUUAAAUCCUCUCGUUCUUCCGGAGUACAUUCUGCAUAUAUUUUUCAAUUUCUUGUUUUUGUUCUCCGGUCAAUGGGUGGCGUUAUUUAUAAACAUUCCGUUAAUCGCUUACCACAUUAACAGGUAUAGAACCCGUCCAACGAUGUCCGGCUUCGGUUUAUACGACCCAACAUGUAUUAUGAACGCCGAUACUCUUUCAAAAUGUCAAAUGGAAGGUUGGGUUAAAUUAGGCUUCUAUUUGAUUACCUUCUUCUACUACUUAUACGGAAUGAUAAAUUCGCUGAUCACGGUGCCUGGAUGAAUAAUUAGAAUUAGAAACAUUAUUACCUCGUACGCUUAUAUGUUUUUUAUAACAAUUCAAGUAACAAUGUUACACCGUGUCUAUAAUCGUCGCCUUAGUGGUUUUACUUAUGUCCAUUUUUAAUUUAUUUUUAAAUUUUUCUCUUAUUUAUUAAGGAAAACUUAUGUAUUGUGUGUACGUACACCGGGAAUUACUAUUUUAUAAGUUUGUUAAACUUUCUCGUGUAUUUAAAAGUUUAUUUUAAACGGGAUUUUUUUUUCAUCCUUCAGUACUUGUAAACUUGAUUCACUUGGGUUGAUUUUUUUGUAAGUUGAAAAAAAAAGAAACGUUGAUUAGUUUUAUUCUGUUAAUAAAAAAAAUGUACAUAACGUA